GAGGGGGGUCAGGACGAUGAUGACGACGAUCUUCUACUACAUCUUCUGCUAAAUUUCGUGCGGCGGCUGAUGCAGAUGCGGAGUCAACAACUUUACAACGCCACAUUCAGAGCGGUUGACUACGCGCGCUGGUGCGAAGGAAGUUCAACGCACGCAAGGAAGCGGGUGGGUGCAGAGUCAUCAGCUAGCAAAGAUCAGACAGGGGCGAGGAGGAGAGAGGAGGAGGAGAGAGGAGGAGGCGAUGCCGCGCUCGUUCCUCGUCAAGACGCGCGCGGUCCGCCGCGCUCAUCCGCAGCUGCAGCUGCUGCGCCCUCUGUCCGGCGCUGCCGAUGCCGCUGCCGAUGCUGCCGCUGCGGCCACAGGGGAGCUGUGGCCAGGGAUUCGGAGUCCCAGAUCGGGGGAGCAGGAACCCCAGCCAGGCGAACCCUCCCAGCUCCCAGCGGCACCCCCCGCCCUGGGGCCCCCACCCCCUCUCCUCCACCUGCACCCCGCCCCGCGCCUGCCCCCCGGCUGGGUCACAACCCCCGAGGCUGGAGGAGGGUGGAGGUCGCAGGGACCUCGGGGUCACGGUUCGACUCCCGGCUCGGGGCUCGAGUUGCUGAGGGCGCGGCUGCUGCUCCACGGCGGGGCCUGCACUUGCGUGCAGUGCAAAAAGGUGUUCUCCACGCCGCACGGCCUUGAGGUGCACGUGCGGCGCGCGCACAGCGGGGCGAGGCCCUUCGCGUGCGCUCGCUGCGACCGCAGCUUCGGCCACGAGCACAGCCUGGAGCAGCAUCACGCCACGCACACACAGGAGCGCAGCUUCGCGUGCGACAUCUGCGGCAAGGCGUUCAAGCGCUCGUCCACGCUGUCCACCCACCUGCUCAUCCACUCGGACACGAGACCCUACCCCUGCGCCUACUGCGGCAAGCGCUUCCACCAGAAGUCCGACAUGAAGAAGCACACGUUCAUACACACAGGUGAGAAGCCCCACAAGUGCUCCGUGUGCGGCAAGGCGUUCAGCCAGAGCUCCAACCUCAUCACGCACUCGCGCAAGCACACGGGCUUCAAGCCCUUCGCCUGCGACCUCUGCGGCCGCGGCUUCCAGCGCCGCGUCGACUUGCGGCGGCACCGCGACGCGCAGCACGGGGGCGAGGGGGUCCCGGGGGGCGAGGGGGAGGACAGUGACCAAAUGGGCCCCAAGGAUUACGUCGGACUCAACUUCCCUUGUGACUGA